AUGGAAUACUACGGCGAUGAUGACUAUGUCCGCGCCUCUCCAGGACUUACUCCGUUCCAACCUGAUUUGAAUAACCAACCUCCAUUGCCAUUCACCCCCUUGUGGCUGCCUCAAGACAUCAACGAGGCACCUCUAAGCUACAUUCACGUCGAACACGCUGGCGAUGGCCGAGAAGCACGGCAAAAGUUGUACAAGUCGUACAAGAAUGAAGCUCCGCAGCAUGAAUGGGAGUUCAUGGAUAGUCUACUGCUUCAUCAGAUGGCUCCAACAAAUCCACAGCUCACUCUCAAGAUUGGUUUGAGUGGUCGGAUCGAAUCCGGCAGUAGCAGUGACGGGUCAUUGUCUGAUGAGAGGGACAAUCUCUACUUAGAUUCCUUUGCUGGAGCUGAAUCUAAGUCUCAGGCAUCACAGACACCACUACCAUCGGAUCGCAAACCCAUGUCCCCACUACCACCACUAGCACCACUACCACCGGAUCACGAAUUCAUGUCCCCACUACCACCACUACGCUCGGAUCACGAACCCACAUCCCCACUACCCCCACCGCAUCCUUCCAUCACAACAAGAAGACAUAGACCCCGGAAACCUCGCUUAGGUUUACCAAUCACGCUUCACAAACAAGGAGUUCUGGCUACCGUCUUGGCGUGUGCAGACACUGGUGCAGAUGUCAAUAUCAUCUCGGACGAAGUAGCAAAGACUUUAGGAUACUCGGAGUACGAUGCUUUACCAGAGAAGAAGGAGUUUGCGCUAGCCAAUGGCAAGCUUGUCGAGGCUAUUGGCAUGAUCGAGUCAGUCUGCUCGUUUGGCAUUGAAACGGAGUCGUUGUUAACAAUGACUUGCGCAUUCUACGUCCUACUCAAAGCUGCGACACCAAUCAUCAUGGGGUUGAGUUUCUUAGAGCAAACAAAGACAAUGACCGAACACAGAGAGAGGCUUGUACGCGUCCCAACACCAGCUCUCCAGGCUCUGUCCGUAUGCUCCGUAGACAAACCAAGGUGGUUACUGUCGUGCGAGCUGAAUCAUAGAGAGACUUUAGCAACUCCAGACUCCGGCUCGGAGAUUGACCUGAUAUCGCCUUCGUUUGCGGCUGAACGCGGCCUCACAGUCUAUCCAGGGGAGGAAGCAAUUCAGAUGGCAGAUGGAAGCAUAGCAAUCACUGCCGGGUUCGUCCGUGUUGACAUGGCUGUCGCAUCGAUCAAUGCGUCGGGCCCAAAGAGCCAUCAGAAAAGCUUCAUUACAGUCGACUUGUUGUUACUGGACAGCCUCAGCCAUGAUCUCAUUGUGAGUGAAGACUCGUUGGAAGAACUUCAGGUGUUCACGGAACACUCAAGUGCUCUUAUACCUGCACCACAAGAAUCUGGACCUUUGGGAAUAAAUAGAAUUCGACACCUCGGGGCAAUAGAUCGCAUAGUGUCCUGGGUCAAGAAGAUGAUCAGAGGAUCGAGCUCUAGGGAUGGCGACGAUGAAUUGAUCAGCGUGAGAAUCAUCGCAGAGAACUUGAAGCUGCUCGAAUCGCAACUUUACCGGAUGAUGAACAACAGGUCGCUAUCACAGCUGAAGCGGUCACACAGCAGGCUUAUGCGGUUCGAAUUCGAGAUUUGA